CUGGCGUAGGAGUGGUCCUAGUGGUCCACCCCGCACUCACACUCUGCUCACUCCUGCCCUCUGGGAGGCGCUACUGAAACCUACAACUAGAACCAGCAGAUGUGGGAAUAGCUUAUUCCCCUACAGCUGCCACGCUCCUGAACGCCUCCUGACACCAAAUAUAAGGCCUAUAGACCUCCAUCUGGGUAGAUACAGACUACAUUUCAUUACUUUGCACUUGCAACAGUGUAAAGGAACAGGAAGAUAGUGGGGGGGGGAGCUUAAAGCCGGUGGAGUUCAGCCAUCAGAGUGUCAAGGGUUCUGAGAGCAGAUGGAGGAGGAGGAGCAAGAGGCUUAAAGACCUAGAGUGAGGAUGAAGAGGAUUAAAGAGCAGAAACAGAACAACUAGAGAAGAAAAACAAAUGAAGGAAAGUCUGGAUUCUAUCAUCUUUCUUCCAAGAUUCAACCUGAAAAUCCUCAGAGGGACAGAAGGCCUGAGGGGGGCACUGCUCCUCCCAACGGACUUCUACUUUGAACUCUCCCUGGAUUGUGAUGACACCCUGUCUGAAGGAGAUGUGGAAGAGCCUAAGUUGAGGACAGAAAAUGAGAAAGCUAAUGAACUUCCUGUGUGACUGACUGCUCCCCACCAUGUCCUCCACCUGCUGGCUCAAAGGACUCUUCAUCCUCCUCAUCAUCUUACUGCCUCUCUGCUCCUCCCAAGUCAGCAGUCCGUUUGACAGCUGCAGCUCUCCGUCGGCCUCGGAGGCACGGCGAGGAUGGCAGUUCCUCCCAUGUCAGCCACCUUCCACCAACAUGAAGGAGUUCAUGCAGAUCAGGGUGGAUCCUCCUGGGAUCACCUGUGGAAACCCACCUGAAAGGUUCUGCACAUUGGAGAACCCGUACCUGUGCAGCGAUGAGUGUGAUGCCUCCAGCCCUGACCUGUCUCACCCUCCUCAGCUAAUGGGGGACAGGGAGAGAGGUGGGCUUAUCACCUAUUGGCAGACAGUCACCUGGUCCAGGUAUCCUGAGCCUCUAUUGGCUAACAUCACUUUGUCAUGGAACAAGAGCCUGGAGGUGGUUGAUGACAUCAUCAUUACCUUUGAAUAUGGGAGACCAACCAGCAUGGUGCUGGAAAAAUCUAUGGACAAAGGUGUGACAUGGCAGCCGUAUCAGUACUACGCUGACGACUGCCUGGAGUCCUUUGGCAUGUCGCCUAAACAGGUCUCUGACUUAGCACCAACAAACCUCACCCGGGUUAUCUGCACUGAGAAGUACUCCCGCUGGGUUGGGGCCAAGGAGGAGAAGAAUGUGGUGUUUGAGGUGCGUGCUCGGUUCAGCGUGUUCGCUGGUCCAAAGCUUAUCAACAUGGAUGCCCUUUACACCCGGAUGGAGACCAUGAAGGGUCUCAGAGACUUCUUUACCUUCUCCAACCUGCGGCUGCGACUCCUCCGCCCUGCAUUGGGAGGAACCUACGUCCAGAGCGACAACCUUCUGAAGUACUUCUACGCCAUCUCUAACAUUGACAUACCUGCCAGGUGUAAAUGUAACCUGCACGCCUCUCAGUGCGUGAUGCGGGAUGCAACGCUGCAGUGUGACUGCGAGCACAACACAGGUGGACAGGACUGCCAGCGCUGUAAAGGAGGCUUCAGAUCCCGCAGCUGGAAACCAGGAUCAUACCUGCCCCUGCCCAGAGGCACUGCUAACACCUGUGAGGCGCCUGUGAGCCGAGUCACGGCUGGUGACUCAGCAGUAUCUGAUGGACCAUCUGCUGCAUCAGAUGGAAUGAGUGACACUCCUACUAAUACAACUACUACUAUUACUACUUUGUCUGCUUACACUGAGAGUUCUACCCGUUCCACUGUCACUGACAGCAGGACCAAGACUGAUAUAAACACUGCUGUUUGGACAUCACCCAUACUAACUGACGACAUUUUUACUGAUGGCCCGACGCAAAGUAUCACCUCUGGUCCCUCUGCCACUACAGAUGGUAUUAUUCCUAUGUUCUAUUAUUCACUGACUACUGAUACAACCAUGGGAGGUGUUCUUACCUCAGCAGAUGCAGCCACUAAGCCACAGAGUAUCACUUCUACAGGUACAACUACUGUCACUUAUAGUGCUGCUGAUAUCACUUUACUUGGUAGUACUAGCAGUAUACCCAUGUCUGACAUGAGCAGUACUGCAUACUACACCAGUACUACAAAUUCAGCUGAUACUACAUUGAACACUCGUACUGUAGCUUCUGCUGCUGUAAGCAGUGGUUCUAGUUCUGGUUGGGAAUCAUUUGAUUCAAGUAGUGUAACAGGAUCUUUAGCAGACAUUUCAUUAAUCAGUACACCACCGGGGGAAAUCUCCAACACUCCCAGUCUAACCAGUAAGAACUCAACAAUCUCAACCAGGAGCAGACAGUCUGGGUUUGACCCCACUUCAGACUUCUCUGGGCCUGGUAAGGCUUACUUGGUGACCAGUGUCAUCCCACCUUCUGUUGGUGCAGUGUCAUCAACCAGGGCCCAGAAUCCAGCAACCAUUCAAGAAACCACUCCACCCAGUGAAAAGGUUGCUCCUGGAAAUACUCUGUCAACUGGGUCUAUUCCAACUACUUGGGAAGGAGAUGCCCCGCCUUCAGAAGCAGCAGACACAUCAGAUAUACCUGAUAGAGAAAAAAACCCUAGUCUCCUUCCUCUUGUUGUACCUCCUGAGAAAAGUUCUCUUUAUACACCUGCAGCAAUAUUCCCACCUUCAGAUAUUCCACCAGCUACCCUUUCAUCAGAAACUGUUGCAUCCUCCUCUGGAGUACUCCCCGGAGUAGAACCUUCGCCUUCUUUAGAAAAAGUGUCAACCUCUCAAGCCUCUGAGAGUUCAGUAGUUGUAUUUUCCUAUUUAGCUCCAACUAUACGUGUUUCUGAUGUACCAUCUCCUAAUACAGCUUCUGCAGAUAUACCACCUCCAAAUGACCCCAAGGUGACCCCUGUCCAAGCAUUUCCUCUAGUUCCUACACAAUUACCUCCCCAAAAAGUAGAUCCCUCUAGAACUCCUGACCCUUUAAUGGAUGCAGCUCCCCUCCCCCCAGCUGCACCUGAUGCCCCGGCUCCUGAUACUAAUGUAGAGUCACUACCUUCCUCUGGGAGAGAUUUGGAAUUAAAACCAACUUUGGAAACUGCGGAUCAGUCUAAACCAACUACCAAUAUAGAUUCUGGCGAAUCAAGACAAACUCCAGCUUCUAGUUCUGGACAAGUGUCUGAUGGUGACCCGUCAGCCAAGCCAGGAGGACCGGCUUCUCAGAGGGAGCGAUUUGGAGAACCACUGCCUGAGAAAAAGGAUUCUAUGGAAGAAAGGAAAGGUGGAACCGUGAAGAAAGAGGGAAGCAACUGGAAAGGCAAAGUGGAAGACAAGAGUCGUGGGAAGAAAGGAACCCAGAAGAUUCUGAUCCCAGGAGGACCUAAGUCCACUCAGCUCUCUAAAAUCAUGUAUGUCAACUUCCAGGACUGCGAGUGUAACGGUCACUCCAAUCGCUGCAGCUACAUCGACUUCAUCAACGUGGUAACCUGUUUGAGCUGCAAACACAACACUCGAGGCCAGAGCUGUCAGUAUUGUCGCCUUGGUUACUACAGAAACACCUCGCUGCCAAUGGACGACGACAACAUCUGUGUGGACUGUAACUGUGACCCAGAUGGCAGCUCUUCUCCUCAUUGCUCUGAUUCUGGUUUCUGUCGCUGUAAACCUGGAGCCACAGGGAGGCGCUGUGAUUCCUGUCUUUCUGGUUUCACCUGGCGGGGAGGUGGAACUGGAUGCACAGACAACGUAUGUGACACGGAACGUCUCUGUCAGAACGGUGGAACCUGCGUUGAUUUCCAGCGCUGCGUCUGUCCAAAUAACUCCACAGGUCAGCUUUGCGAGCAGAGUGUCUGUAAGGAGAAGAGUGGCUGCAUCAUAAAGGCUGAGGGCUCCUCCUCCUGCAUGACAUCACAGCUUUACCUGGUGACCUUCAGUUUUAUCAGCUACACUUUCAGCUGACCAUGCCCCCUUCACCAACCAUGACAUCAGCAGUACAAUAAGGGCAAUAAAGAUAAAUGAUCCAAA